AUGUCGGUAGUUGAACAAAGUGAUAAAAGCAAUAGUGGAAAUAACAAUCGUGCUCUCAAUGUAAAUAACGGGCAAUGUACUCAUACCGAGGACAUAUCGGAGAAGCGAAUAGAAAAUAUACCAACACCAACAUUUGCCAAAAUCGCUCAAAACCCGAGGCAGUUAUCGAAUUUGGAAUGUGCGAAAGAAUUUGCGAAAUAUUUUUAUUCUGUGUACAAUAACGAACCAGCGAGACUCGGUGUUGACGAAGCGGUGAGGGCGAGCGGUGGCGGUAGUGCUCGUGUUCACGUACCCGAACUGUCGCUAGCCCAAAUAAAAGUUGCACUCGUUCGGCUGAAGCCAAAAAGCUCCGUGGGACCAGAUGGAAUUCCGCCUUUCUUGUUACGCGACUGCAGGUUAGUAUUGACCGAGCCAUGUCUACAUGUUUACAACUUAUGCCUUGAAUGGUCACACUUCCCGGACGCCUGGAAAACUACUAGAGUUGUACCGAUACCUAAAAGCGACGGCGGUAAAACUAUCGAAUCGUAUCGGCUCGAGCUGGUAGGUGAUUGUAUUGUACCGCGUACUAGUGAGGCCACGAAAACUACGAAAAUCAGCUCAGCGUCAAUCAAAACGCGACGUGUUAAGAAAUCUCAACUGCAAUCGGUGGACCUAGAGACCGUAGAGGACAUAGGAAUAAGAAAAAUAUUUCCCAAGAAAAGAAAGAAGAAGAAAGAAGUCUUAAGGUCAGAUUCUGCAGAUAUAAUGCGAGGAAUAAUUGAAAUAUGCUUGAGAUUCAGGCUUUAG